AUGUCGUCAAAUGACAAUCUCCAGCAAGAUGAUGCUCCCAGCGGCAGUGGACGAGGGGACUCGGGCAGACUGCAGACUUCGAAUGUCAUAGAGUUCGUCAACAGCGAGGACCCUAAUGUCAGAAGUGCUAUCCAAAGGCAUACGGCAUAUCAUUCAGCGGCACAGCGUCGGGAAGCAAGGUCACGGCUACUCCGCCGUUCAAGUCAAGCCAGGUACCUAGAAUGGACCAGACGUCCUACGACAGACACCGACAUCGCGACUUCAUCAGCGAGCAGUGCCAGUUCAGUCUCCAUUUCGCCCGCACCCUCACAGCGUGAGCGAUCUGAACAUCCUACUCGACCAUCAAGCCUUGAACGAAGAUCUAGCUCGAAUACAGACCAAGCGGUCGCGGAACCCGCUAGUGGAACAAUAUCUCCAGCAACCCAAGCAGGGAUUUCUGCUGACAACACAGUGCUGGAUUUCUGUAAGUACAACUUCCGCGAGACGCGGUUCAAGCACGAAACAGACCAGUCGAUUCAUGGGCGUUCAGACACAACUAACCUUGCGCCUACAGUGACCUCAACUUUCUGCGAGCAUUAUCAGUCCAGAGAUUUUCUCGAGUCUUCGAUAGCAUACAUGCUGGAGCAUGAUACUUCACGACAUCUACUCUUAGCCUACGCCUACGCGAGGAGGAGAGCGCAUCCUGCUGCCGACGGAAAUCCUCAAGAUCAAGUGGAUGCCGAAAGAAAUCUUGGUCGUGGGACGAACAUAUUGUGGAAUCGGCUUCAGAUGGCAGGCCAUGCUAGCUCGGAUGCAAAUGUCCAGGCCGUCCUUUUGCUGGUGGCAUACGCAGCAGACUUCGGUCAGGAAAACGAAGUUCGCCUGCACACAGAUGCGCUGAGGACGAUGGUUGAUCAGCGCGGCGGUACUGAUGCCUUCACCGACAAUCCGCCGCUGCAACAUCAAUUGUUGGUGAUAGGAAGCUCGCGCCGGUUUCAUUUAACGCUGGAUUGCGAGGCUGGUUGCGCGGAACUGCUGCGGUUCCCAGACGGGCUUCGACUGGCUCAAGGGGCAAACCAGAGUCGAAUGUAUACCUAG